AUGGCAUUGUGCACCACGUGCAAAGCGCAAGACUUCUGUAUUCGUGGCAUCCGCGCAAUGAUGAUAUCAAUCGGGAUGAUGACGGGGGCCAUUUACCUGCAUAUGUGGAGUUUUUCAGCAUCAAUUUCCGAAACGUUAUGGCCUCAAAAUACCUCAGACCUGGAAGUUUCCACGCGCCAGGUGUCCCGGGUGCAGUUUCAAUAUCAGCUAUGUCAUGGUUUAACCAACCAGCGGCUUCAACUCAUCGACGGGAUUCUCGUGGCCUUGUUUUUGGGAGCCCAGGUGGUUUUGCCCGAGAAGAUGCAGUGGAAUGGGGCUCAAUUCAUGGAUGUGAGCGAUGUGAAUAUGCAACCUUUAAGCCGCAUCUGGAACAUGCCCCGAUUGAAACGCCAAGUUCAAGACUUGUACACUGAGUUUUGGUGCCGCCGGAAAGAGCUGGCCUCCAAUGUCUGGUGUGCAACGCUGCCAGCGGCUGCAAUUGUCUUCGAUCCAAAUCAGUCAGCUUCGUUUGAGGCGGUCAGAAUGCAUCUGGAUCAGUGGACUCCAGAACGUUUGCUGAAGAAGGGCCAGGAGCUGUGGCGCAACUCUAGUGACAGGUCAUGGAGCGAGCUGGCACCCUCCCAGGUGAGAAUCGUGGAGCCCUGCGAGUUCUGGUUUAAGACCAAAGUGACUGAAGACAGCGAGAUGUGGCACUGGUUUUGGGCCAUCAGCAAUGCCUUAGAUUUCAGUGGUGAAGUUGUCAGCACCUCUGAGCAGUUGAAGCGACUGAUGUAUGGUGGCUUCGGCCAUGCAGCCUUUCAGAAGGCGAAAAGCCUUGGCUACAGCAAUCUGCGCAAUGGUUCUUAUCACGUGGUCCACCUUCGAGCAGAAGAGGACUGGAAAAGACAUUGUGCACUGUGGACAUCUUGGGCAGGGAAACGGGACAACUGCAUGAAUAAUACCUUCGAAAUUGGCAAUGUGCUUUUAUCCGAGGGAAUUACCCCAAGUGUGCCAAUCUAUUUGGCCACAGGCUUGUCAACCACGGAGCUGCAGCAUUUGCGGGAGUCGGGUUCUUUGCCCAACUUGUUCGACAUUUAUACAGUUGUUACCAAGGAUAUGCUGAACAUCUCUCAGGCUCCACUAGUGGAUGACCGGCAUCGAGAGUAUUGGGCGGCGGUGGAUUUUGUGAUAAGCCAAGAUGCUGAGACCUUCAUCGGGAAUUCCGUCUCCACGUUUUCUGCCUUUCUCCUGGAAAUGCGGCGAAUUCGAAAUCAAUCCAGCCUGCAUUACAAUGGGGGCAAGGUGCCUUUAGAAGAGAUCAACUUGUUGCGACCCAAAAAAUUGACGCUCGUAAGCCCAAUCCGGCCAGCCAUCAAGUGGGUAUUCACCCUUGGUGACGUGAAGCCUUUUGACAGCGUGUACAACGCGACAAUGGUUUCAGUUCAAAGUGCCCAGGCAAAAACCGCCUUGGUGCCCAUCUGCGUGACGGCCGCCAACCCCUACUCAGACCUUGUGGUGCUUCUGGUAUCCAUGGGAGUGCGUGUAAUCUAUCACAAGCCAGCAUGGAGGGCUACCGUGGAUUCUGUGGUGGGUGCCUGGAACGCGGAUGUCGAGAAGUUGGAGAGAUUACACAAAUGGCCAGCGGAUCCCAAGAAGGUUGCGGAUCGGGUUUUGCGGAUUGACAUUCCACUUUUAGGUAUUUUGGAUCAGUUCGUGCUCUACACGGAUACAGAUGUGAUCUUUACAGGGCCUGUUACCUGGCAGGAUUUGAUUGGAGAGAAGGCUGACUCCUUGAUUGCCACCUUGGAGCGCAAGAUGUUGGGCCGUGGGUUGUUCAAGCAAUAUGCGAAGCCAGGUCAUUUCGGCGUGCCACAGUUCUACGCUGUCUCUGGUGAGAAGAAUCAGAACUCUGCCAAAGACGCUGAUACCGGAGUGAUGCUUAUGAACUUGCCAGCGCUGAGAAACACCUACAAGGCUUUUGAGAACUUUUUGUUUUCGGACGACCACCUCCUAAGAGGGCAAGCUGAUCCAGCUGGGUACUUGAAAUUCUAUGUGGACUCGAAUGGGCAGUCAAUGUCCGCAAUUCUGCCUUUCAACUUGAACUGGAAGCCUUUCUGGAAGCCAAAUCGCAAUGCUCAAAUUGUGCAAUUUUAUGGCCCCAAAUGUGAUACUGACAUUUUACCAUUUUUGCAGGAUGGAACCGUGCAUUUCGAGCCAUACCGCAAGAUGCUGACCAGGUGCGCAGAGGGGAACUGCGAGCAGUUAUGCCGAGAAUAUCAUGCGGUGUUGGCCCCUGGAUGA